GCGUAGCGUCGAAUCUAGCUAUCUCGUCCUUUCUAUUCCACAUCAACAUCUUCCAACUUUCUUGUCGAUGAGAGGAGGUGGUAACGGCGCCGGGAGCGGCGGCGGAGGCAGUCCCCUGUUCGCCUCCACCACUGGCGGCCGGAGAACUCCCCUCAAGUUCCGGCAUCCAAAGUUCCGGCUGCUCCCCUCCUGGAUCAUCUUCCUCCUCUUCCUCCUCCUCCUCCUCCUCGUCGGCGCAGGCCGGUGGCGCCGACUCCUUCGCUACGAAACGUCGUCGUCGACGCCUUCCGGGAGCGGCUACACGGUUUUGAUCAACACGUGGAAAAGAAAUGACCUCCUCAAGCAAUCUGUGAGUCACUAUUCUUCCUGCGCCGGCGUGGAAUCUAUUCACAUAGUGUGGAGCGAGCCGGAUCGGCCUUCGGAUUCUCUACGCGAGUCGCUGUGGCAGGUGGCGCAGCAGAAUUCCAAGAGCUGCGAGGGGAUGGAUCUCAAGUUCGAUCUGAACGAGGAAGAUAGUUUGAACAACAGGUUCAGAGACACAAAGGGCUUGAAGACCGACGCUGUCUUCUCCAUUGACGACGACGUCCUCUUUCCUUGCAGCUCCAUGGACUUGGCUUUCCGCGUGUGGCAGAGCGCCCCCAAUACCAUGGUUGGCUUCGUUCCCCGCAUGCAUUGGCUGGACAGUAAGACGAGAGACAACAACAGAGAGUAUUACAAGUACGGAGGGUGGUGGUCGGUGUGGUGGACGGGCACUUACAGCAUGGUGCUCUCCAAGGCUUCCUUCUUCCACAAGAAGUACCUUGAUCUUUACACAAAUCACAUGCCUAAAUCCAUCAGACAGUAUGUCACCAAAUACAGAAACUGUGAAGAUAUUGCGAUGUCUUUUCUGGUCGCAAACGCAACAGGUGCUCCACCAAUUUGGGUGAAAGGGAGAAUCUUUGAGAUCGGAUCGAGUGGGAUUAGUAGUUUGGGAGGACAUAGCGACAAAAGAACUCAUUGCCUCAAUUUGUUUACUAACUUGUAUGGGGAGAUGCCUUUGGUUGCAACAAAUAUGAAGGUUAUAGAUAGUAGGCAUAGUUGGCUUUGGUGAUGUAUAUGGUCGAUUGCUGUAUUGGUUUUAGGAUUAUAUAUAUAUAUUUUUUAUCUUA